GAUGGCAGCCACCUCCUGCGGUGCUGUGACUCAAAUGGAGAAAUGAAGGCCGGAGUGUGGUUACUGUGAAUCAAAGGAAGCCCCGGUCUUUGAGAAGACUUCUCCUUUUGAGUUCACUGUCCGCGCUGCUGUUAGCGCCGCAACAUCACCAGAAGAAAUAAGAUCUUUUAUUGUGUCAAGCAUUUCUGAAUACAUAUUUCCUCCAGAAGAAGGGGGCUUUGGCAAACUUGGUAGCACGAGAGGAAAAUACACAAUGGGGAAGGAAGAAAUGUCGGAGAAAGGAAGAAGAAGAACCGGUUCGUGUUUGCCUUUUGUACCCACAGACACCCGUUCCUCUCCGAGGCUCCUCUGGGCCUGCGCAGCCCUGCUCAGCCUGCUCCUCACGGGCUGUUUUGCUGCCAAUGUGUUAGUGACUCAUCACAGCCUUCUCCGCUGUGGGAGGAAAGCUUCCACGUUACCGGGGUACCAUAAGAAGGUGACAUGCACGAGAGAAGACUCAGGACCCCAAAAAGCAGGCGCAGACGGGCUCUGGGGCUGCUGCCCCGCGGGCUGGAGGAGCCUGGGCCCGGGCUGCCUCCUUCCCCUGAGCGGCAACAGUUCAUGGGCCGACAGUGAGCGGAAUUGCUCCAACAUGGGCGCCCACCUGGCUUCCAUCAGCACCCAGGCCGAGCUGGACUUCGCCACGCAGUUUUUGCAGAGUGGGUUUCCAUACUUCCUGGGACUCAUUUAUGAGGAGAGUGGGCAGCAGUGGCAGUGGGUGGACGGGACGCCCUUCGACCCACAUGCGGGAUUCUGGCACCAGAAUAAACCCAACCACUUCCAGGAAGGAAACUGCGCGGUGCUGGUGAACCACAAAGACCGUUGGGCCUGGAGUAACUUUUCCUGUGCAGGGAAGGCAAGUAGAAUCUGUGAGCUACCCAGAGCAACUUUCAACCAGAAACCUAAGCAACCAUCUUCAUAAUGUGGACAGAAAAGAAGAAGCAGCCGGGCACUGUGGCUCACGCCUGCAAUCCCAGCUACUCAGGAGGCUGAGA